CCUCAUCAUACUAAAAAAGCAACAAACAAAAAAAACAUCAUUAAAGAUAACAUGUUCUCAUAUUACAAAUCCAGUGUUGGAUCACAGUCACAAACUCAAAUUCCAAAUGCCACUCUUUGUGUUCCUAGCCACCAUCUUCCUCACUCUCCCAACCCUCUCCCUCUCUGUCACAUCAUGUCUCCUCAACACCACCCUCCUCCGUUCAAGACCCUCCUCCUCCGUCGACUCCGCCACGCGCUGUCGUUACAUUCUCCAAACCAUUCGUGUUCUCCAAUCCGAUUACCUCCACCGCACCGGUUUCUUCUUCCCUCCUUCUAGUUCUUCCUUCUCGUGCUGGAACACUCUCCAAUCUUCCAUCAACCAAUACGACAUUCGCUCCUCCUGCAACCUCCCUUCCUCUUCCAUUUCCCUCUCCUGCAACAACAUCACCACCAAAUCCCAGUUCGAAAAUUCUCUUCCAAACUCGGCUCUUAAACCCGUGUGGAGCACUUGUAACCAAUCUCUUAAGAGUUCCUUAGCUUGUUCUCAAUGCAAUAAAACUUUGUCCAAGUUGGAUUCUUUUCUCACGGAACCGUCCACUGGGGAACUCGUUGAUUGCAAGGCCAUUGCUUCUAUCUAUGCUGCUUCCUUCUCCGAUCCGCAGGACUCCGGCACCGCCAACUGUUUGUUCAACUUCGGUUUUUCCUCUUCGGUUUCCAGUGGUAAGCGUCGAAACAUUCCUGUUGUGGUUUUUUCUGUGUUGGCCUUUUUUUUGUUGGUCUUUGGUGCUUUAUGGGCUUACUUUAGAUUCAAGCAAAAGCAGAAGAAAAAAGAUAUUGGUAAAAUUGAGAUGGGUUUGGGUUCUGGGUUGGAUUCUGGGUUUGAUUCUUUGAACCAAAGUACCACUUUGAUUAGGUUCACUUUUGAUGAGAUUAAAAAGGCUAGUAGGAAUUUCGCCGGUGACAACAUAAUUGGGAAGGGGGGUUAUGGGAAUGUUUAUAAAGGGGUGCUUUUUGAUGGGACUCGAGUUGCAUUGAAGAGAUUCAAGAAUUGUUCUGUUGCUGGGGAUGCUAGCUUCACUCAUGAGGUUGAGGUAAUUGCAAGUGUUAGGCAUGUGAACCUUGUUGCCCUCAGAGGUUAUUGCACUGCCACAACUAAUUUAGAGGGUCACCAGAGGAUUAUUGUCACUGAUUUGAUGGAAAAUGGGAGUCUUUGUGAUCAUUUAUUUGGUUCUGCCAAGAAGAAACUCAGUUGGUCAAUUCGUCAAAAGAUUGCUUUCGGGACCGCUAGGGGGUUGGCUUAUUUGCACUAUGGAGCUCAACCUUCCAUCAUCCAUAGGGAUAUUAAAUCUAGUAACAUACUUCUGGACCACAAUUUUGAAGCCAAGGUUGCGGAUUUUGGAUUAGCAAAGUUUAAUCCUGAGGGAAUGACUCAUAUGAGCACUAGAGUGGCUGGAACUAAGGGCUAUGUUGCUCCUGAGUAUGCCUUGUAUGGACAGUUGACAGAGAGAAGUGAUGUUUUCAGUUUUGGUGUUGUGCUUCUUGAGCUCUUAAGUGGGAAAAAGGCUCUUCAUGUGGACAAUGAUGGCCAACCCUCUGCACUCACUGACUUUGCUUGGUCAUUGGUUAGGAAUGGUAAAGCUUUGGAUGUUAUUGAAGAUGGUAUGCCAGAACUUGGUCCAAUUGAAGUUCUUGAGAAGUAUGUGUUGGUUGCUGUACUAUGUUGUCAUCCACAAUUAUAUGCUAGGCCAACAAUGGAUCAGGUUGUUAAAAUGCUGGAGACAGAAGAAUUGGAACAGCCAAUCUCUUCUAUUGCUGGGAGGAUUGAUGUUGAUGAGAAAUCAGUCAGUAGUAACUAGGGACUGCAGAGCUGAUCCAAAAAGUUAGCAGCACAAACAUUUGAAAGUCACACCACACUUCCUAUUUUAACAAAGGAAGCUUGGGGUCACUGUUAGCACAGAUAGAAAUUGGAGAAAUUAGAUUGUCUUCAAUUGGCUAGUAGUGUAAGAACAACUAAUUUGUACAUUUAGAUUGUAGAUUGAAUGUUUCCUGAAGCGUUUUCUAUUGCAAAGCCCAAAAGGGGUGUACAAAAUAUGGUUGUUUUCAGGGUAUUUAAUGGCAGAAGACUAUGGUAUGAUCAAAUUUUGCUGAUUGUAUUCACAAACAAGAAAAAAAAGGUUUUGCUGAUUGCGGGCACAUAUU